UCUCGCCCGCUGUCCUGAAACGAGAUACCUCGCCGCCUGAGGCAGGCAGCCUUGUGAAGAGGGAAGUCUGCUCGGACGGCACCCGAUGCAUUGUAGGCAGCUGCUGUGGUGACGGGUGCUCCUGGAACUGUUGUGGUCUGGACCAAGGCGGAUUUGGAUGCGACCUGGGCGCGCGGUGCCAGUUCGACGGCGAUGUUUUCAUCGGAUGCUGUGACAACUUCGUCGGGCUGCACCGGCGAAGCCACCCGCAUCACCGUCCACACUCCUUACAGCACUAUCACCUUGAGCGACUCGACAGCUAGCGUAUCAGCCGCGACAACUUCUUUAUCGACUUCGUCCACCACCGCGUCAAGUGCAACGCGUACUACACCACCUUCAGCACAAACCAAAUCGACCUCGGAACCAACCACCGCCCUCCCAUCCUCCACCUCAUCCAGCAGAUUAUCGCAGACGGGCUCAACGUCUGCAGCGACAGGAGCAACCAAUGCAAGCUCAGCAUCGAGCAUAUCCUCCUCCUCCUCCUCCUCCUCAUCAUCUUCCUCAUCCACAGCCCUAUCCACCACACCCGCACAAACCCAAUCCCCCAACAGUGCCGACAUAGCCCAUUCCCAAGCCCGGGAAAUAGCCACUCUCGUCGGACUAGCAGCCCUCGCAUCGUGGUAUCUCUUUUAGAUUCCAUUUAUCAAAAAUCACCAUCCCUCGCCAGAAGCCCUCAUUCUCUUCACCACCGUUCAUCCCUUCAUGAGUACAGCAUUAUCCAUGUUCAAUUUACCUACUGUACCACACAUCCCCUCAAACAAACACCACCCAAAUACCCAAUCUACACACGCCAGCCCCCUAUAGUCAGCAGCCAGG